UGGAAGCGGUUGUGCGUCUGGCAAAGUUGCUCGGGUCAAAGUGAAUUCAAACAAUACCAAUCUGAAAGACAGUGAAAUUGCUAACAAGAACUUUUAACCGUUAACUUGCCUUUUGUUUUAAUUGUCCACGAAGAAUUUUACUGGCUGGUCAAGACGAGAUAAAAAGGGAGAUCGCGUUUAUAAUCGCAUUCAUAAAAUUAAAAACAGCAAUAAAAAAGACUUGAUUGAAGUGAGAAGUGCAUUCCUGUCUCGGCUGUGACUAAUCUUUUAAGCAAUAGCUUUGAGCAUAUGUAUGUGCUGUCGAGUUUGUGCUUGUGAGAUCGAGAUCACAAUGCAAAUUGCACGCUCUAAAAACAACAUUAAGAUGAUCGAGUGUGAAAUGAAGUUUAUUAUACAAAAUAAAUAAGAGAUAACAUUAUGUCGAUAGUGUGCACAUUGAAGCAGAAGCUGAGCAUUUUUAAAGAGGUUGAAACAACAAGCAAUAAUUUGUUUAUGCUUAAGAACAAUUACAACACCAACUGCGCGGAUAAACUAUACAAUAUUAUCAACAAUAACAUAAGCCACAACAACAAUAAUUCGAACUUGACUCGUUAUAUGCAGUGUACAACAAAUAACAAGAAACAGUUAAAGUACGAAGAAUUCGAGGAUAAGCCACUGGAGCAACAAAAUCCUUUUCUACACACACAACAAGAACACUCUUCGCGCGAGGUCUUUGGACCGCAAGAGCAAACAAAGAACAAGAACGAGCAAAUUACAACGGAGAAUACUAUGCCAGAGGUGCUAGGAGGCACUCCCACCCACAGUCAUAAUAAAGCAGCCGCAGUGGCGGCAUCAGUAUCUGUCUCCAUGAUGAACUCUGUACGCCUGACGACUAUCUCGCCCACGCUGUCGAUGAAUGGUAGCUCCAAUGAGGCCACAAAUCUGCAUCCGCUUUCUAUAUAUGGCUCUAUUAGCCCGCAAUCAAAUGACAGCGGCAUGUCCGAUGGCCACAACCAUGGUAUUGGAAAAUUCGCACCCGGAUCAUCGUAUUCAGAGAACCACGCACACAGCUUAAUGUCUAAACCUACCGGACAACUAGGAGCCGGGAGUGUUGCUGGUGGAUCGCAGUCAACCAUGACUGCCGCGCAGAAGGAAUUGUUCUCACAGCGCAAGCAGCGCGAGUUUACACCAGACAAUAAGAAGGACGAGAGCUACUGGGAUCGACGGCGGCGCAACAAUGAGGCAGCUAAGAGGAGUCGUGAGAAGCGGCGAUACAAUGACAUGGUGCUGGAACAGCGCGUCAUUGAGCUAACCAAGGAGAACCAUGUGCUCAAAGCACAGUUGGAUGCCAUUCGGGAUAAGUUCAACAUUUCGGGAGAAAACCUUGUGAGCGUAGAGAAAAUCCUCGCUUCCUUGCCCACCAGUGAGCAAGUGCUCAGCAACACCAAGCGUGCAAAAAUGAGCAGCAGCACCUCUUGUUCCUCCUCAACAUCCUCUUCGGGAUCUUCACCCGGCAAUAGUUCGCCAUCCGCCCAUUCUCUUGGCUGCUAUAGCAACAGCAUCCCUGCACCACACUCACCUACUAUCUACGGGCCGAUGGUCCCCACCAACUUAAAUAGCGCUCUCGUAAACGAGGGAUCAUUGUCAGUUCCCAGCAAGAGCGGCCACAUCGGUCAGCACAGCACAGUGACUCAGCUGCACUCACACACUCGUUCCCAAUCGAAUUCACAUUCCCAUCAGCAUACAUAUGAGGCACAAACGCAGCCACAACCACAACUCUCGCAGGACUCCAGCUCGUUGCCAAUGUCUUCAAUGGAUGUACGCAGUCAGAGUCACAAUCACAAUCAUCCACAACCACCCAGCCAUGCUAUUGCCAAUCUGCAGGUGCAAGUGCUUCAACAGGCACUCAAUCGUAAUGUACGCCCCGAGGAUCUGGAUAGUCUCCGGAAAGCGGUAGCCGUCGGUGCACUCUACAAUGCGGCAGCCAAUGUAGGUGCGUCACCUACACCCGGUUCGACGAUUUAUGCACCCAUCCCUGCUGCAUCAAGUGCGCCAACAAUUGGUUAUGUGGCUAUUAAUAAGGAACAGCUAGAAGUUUCUGGAUAUCUGCACAACCACCACGUCGAGGCUGCUGUAAGCAGCAGCGCCGUAGACGCAGUAAGCAGUUCCUCUGUUGUUAGUUCGGCCGCCGCUAGCGUACUUAAUCUGUCGAGGCGUACCUGUUCCCCCAGCUAUGAGCACAUUCUUUCGUCGACUACAUCGCUGACACAUCACUCUUCCGCCUCUUCAGCAAUAUCUUCGUGCGCCUCAUCCUCGGGUGCUGUUUCCGGCGAUGACGAGCAGGAGCACGAGGUCUCCGACGUAACUCGAGGAACACAUUUACUGCCCUUACAACGUAGCAGUCCGAUACAGGCUAGUGGCAGUGAUGCCAACAAUUGCUUGCCAUUAAAGCUGCGUCAUAAGUCGCAUCUGGGGGACAAGGAUGCGGCUGCAACAGCACUGCUUUCACUGCAGCACAUUAAGCAGGAGCCAAGCUGUAACCGCGCCUCGCCCCCAGUUUGGAAUGAUGGCGGUGACAAUUCGAGUGAUGAACGCGAUUCGGGCAUAUCAAUCACUAGUGCUGAGUGGACGGCACAGUUUCAGCGGAAACUUCUUGCUCCCAAAGAAAACUCUGGAUCCGUGGGGGCUAGCGUCGGUGUUGUGACUAAUGCUGAGCGUGAACAGAUGCUUAAGAGCCAGCUGGAGAGACUUGAAUCAGAGGUGGCCAGCAUCAAGAGCAUGAUGAUACUGGCUGAAUAGAGAGAGCGAGAGAGAGAGAGAGAGAGAGAAAAAGAGAGAGAGAGAGAGAGAGGGCAAGAAUGUCAGUUAUCCGUUAACAGGGUCUGAGUAAUAGUGUCGUAAUGGAGAGAGAGCGAAGAGACAGACAAAGAGUAGUUAAAAGGCAGAA